CGAAUCGAUAUAAAAUUUAUCCCAGUUGGAUAUUUCUGUAAAAUUUUGCCUUCACAUUUGCUGUAGGAUUGUUUCAAUAAAGAUAUUUAAUAUCGCACAUCCUGUAUUCACGAUGUGGAAUCCCUAUCAGCUUGACGACUACGAGGACCCAUACUACAACCAAGCAACCAAUUACACCCACCCCCUCCUCCCGAAUGAGUUGGGAUUCGCAGAAGUUUACGUGGAUCAGGACAAAACUAAGGUUAAAGUGGACGUAGCAAACUUUACAGUUGAUGAGAUCCUUGUAACCACCUCUGUAGGCGACCUUGUCAUAAGAGGCGAGCAUGAAGAUAAAGAGGAUGAGCACGGAUUUCUCUCCCGCUCAUUUACGAGACGCUUUCAGCUCCCGGGCAAUUCAAAAGAGGAUGAACUGCGUUGCGAUAUUGAUGUGAACGGCAUCCUCACCGUAACAGUGCCUAGAGGCCGGCUUGAGGAGAAUUUUAAGGGGAAAGUCCACACCAUUCAGUCCGCAGGAAAGCAUCCCCGUCAUUCGAAGGGGUUUCUGGGGAAAAUUAUGUCCGCUGCGUUAACAUCCCAUCGCGAUCUUCCUACUAUUCUCGGAGUACACAAAACCAAGGACCAGUUCACCGUUUGUCUUGAAUUACCUCACUUUUCCCCAGAAGAAAUCAGCGUGAAAACGAUGGACGAUUUUCUAGUGAUCCACGGGGAGCAUGAGGAGAAAGACGAUGGACAUGGGCUUAUCUCUCGGUCAUUCAAGCGGAAAUAUCACCUUCCCCUUAAUGCUGACAAGGACCAGGUUCAGUGCACCGUGAACGCAGAAGAGAUACUCACAGUGACAGUGGAAAGAGUAAACGUUGAGAGACCGGAACAUGCUAAGGAGUACAAAAUUGUUAAAAAUUGCGAACAGGGCUCAAAAUAAAUUUGGUUGACAAUAA